GGAAUCGGACAGCCAUUUCUAUCAGGAUUACGCUGCCUGCUCCUCUUCCUCACAUCCUCAUCAUCCUCUGGCUGGAGUGGUGUCGGCUCCAUUGUGGAGGAAAAAACGUGGGCAACAUCGGUGGAGCGACAAAACACCCAAAUCGUUCGUCCAUCACCACAUUCCACCCCGUCCAUCCGGGGAGAGGAGAGCGGAGCGGCGGCGGCAGCUUCCCCCGGCCUCCCUCGCUCUGUGCUCGGAUUCGAGGACCGCCGCUGCCCGGUGAAGCUCUUAAAGUAACAUGGAGUCCUCAGACGAUGAUACUCUAAGCGAGCGCUCCUGCGUCAGCGAGCCGUCCUUCCGUAGCGAGCGGUCAGGGGGGUCGUUGUCCCCGUGCCCGUCGGGACCUGUGGGACCGCCUGGAGACACUUUACCCUGGAAUCUGUCCAAACACGAGAGGAGGAAGAGGAAGAGCCAGGACUCGGUGCUGGACCCGGCGGAGAGGGCGGUGGUUCGUGUGGCAGAUGAGCGGGACAGAGUGCAGAAGAAAACCUUCACAAAAUGGGUCAACAAGCAUCUCAUCAAGGUGAGGAAGCACAUCACAGACCUGUACGAGGACCUGCGGGAUGGACACAACCUGAUAUCCCUGCUGGAGGUCCUCUCCGGUGUCACCCUGCAACAGAAGAGCGGCCCCACAAUGAAAAGGGCAUACGCCUCGCGGGCCCCCCCUCUCAUCUUGCUCGGAGGGGAGGAUGAGGAGGAGGAAGGAGCUCAGGGACCGAGAGAAAAGGGCCGAAUGAGAUUUCAUCGACUACAGAAUGUCCAAAUAGCGCUGGACUUCCUCAAACAGAGACAGGUCAAACUUGUGAACAUCAGGAACGAUGACAUCACAGAUGGGAACCCCAAACUGACGCUAGGUCUCAUCUGGACCAUCAUCCUUCACUUCCAGAUUUCAGAGAUCUAUGUGAGCGGCGAGUCAGGCGACCUCACAGCCAAAGAGAAGCUGUUAAUAUGGAGCCAGCAGGCGACGGAGGGCUGGCCCGGCCUCCGCUGUGUCAACUUCAGCUCGUCCUGGAGCGACGGACGCAUGUUCAACGCUCUGCUGCACAGAUACAGGCCAGACCUGAUCGACAUGGAAGUGGUGUCGCGGCAGGGUAACCGGGAGAACCUGGAGCAGGCCUUCGAGAUCGCUGAGUCGCUAGGGGUGACCAGACUGCUGGACGCUGAGGACGUCGAUGUUCCAUCUCCUGAUGAGAAGUCAGUCAUCACCUACGUCUCCUCCAUCUACGAUGCCUUCCCUAAAAUCCCCGAGGGCGGAGAGGGCAUCGUUGCAAACGAGGUGGACCAGCGCUGGUCAGAGUACCAGUCCAGGUUCUCCUCUCUGCUCCAGUGGAGCCGCCAGCAUACGGCCCUUAUGGCCAACAAGAACUUCCCACAAAACCCCGUAGAUCUCAAGGCACUUUACAACGAGUACGUCCAUUUCAAAGAGACAGAAAUCCCGUCGAAGGAGAUGGAGAAAGGUCACAUUGCGCACCUUUACAAACUGCUGGAGGUGUGGAUAGAGUUCGGUCGUAUUAAGCUUCCUCAGGGCCUCCAUCCCAACGACCUGGAGGAGGAGUGGGGCAAACUCAUCCUGGAGAUGCUGGAGAGAGAGAAGGCUCUGCGGCCUGCUGUGGACAGGCUAGAAUUGCUGCUUCAGAGGGCCAAUAAGAUCCAGAACAUGGCUCUGGACUGUGAGGAGAAGCUCACCCUCGCUAAGAACACCCUCCAGGCGGACAUGUCUCGGCUGGAGAGCGGCGAGCCGGUGCAGUGCGAGAAAGAACUGGCGUGCUACCUGCAGGACUGCGAGUCUCUCAUCAGACAACUCAACCAGGAGCUGAAAGUCCUCCGAGAGGAAAAGUACUACCAGGUGGAGCAGCUGGCGUUCAGAGUAUCGUGCCUUCAGGAGGAGCUGGUCUCCCUCAGACUGCAGUGCUCCAGCGUCUACAGAAAAGGCCACUUCACCCAGACGCUGGGCGGCACGGGGGCGGAGCACACCAGCCACAGAGCCACAGACAGCGGCCUCUCGCUCGGGCAGACGCUGCUGGGAGCUGUGGGCGCGGUGGGAGCUGUGGGCGCGGCGCUCCUGCGGAGACCCAUGGCUCGCUCCCAGCUGGUGGCCAUGUCUUCAUCAGAGGACGAGGGGAGCCUGAGGUUCAUCUACGAGCUGCUCGGAUGGGUGGAGGAGACGCAGGAGCUCUUGGAGCGUGCAGAAUGGGGCGCAGACCUUCCCUCUGUAGAAAACAACCUGCAGGAGCACAACAAUAUCCACACUGCAGUGAAAGAGCUGAUGAGCAGCCUGCAGGAGGCACGCAGCUAUGAGGCUAAAGUCACUCCAAACUUCAAGAGCAGUUACUCUGAAACGCUGGCCAAGCUGGAGCAUCAAUACUGCAAACUACUGGAACAUUCGUCAUGGCGCCUGCGGAGCUUGGAGAGCCUGCACGCAUUUGUGUCCCACUGCACCGAGGAGCUGAUCUGGCUCAACGAGAGGGAGGAGGAGGAGAUCGCCUUCGACUGGAGCGACAACAACCCCAACAUGAACGCCAAGAGAGAGUUAUACAGCGAAAUCAGGUUAGAACUGGAUGAAAAACAGACGGUGAUGCGCUCCCUCCAGGAAACAGCCAAUCGCCUGUGUCAGGAGAACCAUCCAGCCAAACAGAGCGUGGAGGCCUACAGUGCAGCCCUGCAGACUCAGUGGCAGUGGGUGAACCAGCUCUGUGUGUGUGUGGAGCAGCACCUCAAAGACAACACGGCAUACUUCCAGUUCACGAGCGAUGCCCGGGACUGUGAGUCGUACCUGCGCCAGCUGCAGGAAACCAUCAAGAGACAGUACACCUGUGACAAGAACAGCAGACUGAGCAAACUGGAAGACCUGCUGCAGGACUCGAUGGAGGAGAAGGAGCAGCUGAUCGAGUAUAAGAGCACGGUGGCGAGCCUGGUGGGCCGGGCAAAGACGGUGGUGCAGCUCCGCCCCCGCAGCGCUGAGAGCACCCUGGGGACCACCACACCCAUCAAGGCCAUCUGUGACUACAGACAGAUAGAGAUCACAAUAAGCCGAGGUGAGGAGUGCGUGCUGGAGGACAACUCUCAGAGGACAAAGUGGAAGGUGAUCAGUCCUUCAGGGAACGAGGCCAUGGUCCCGUCAGUGUGUUUCACCGUGCCGCCUCCCAACCAGGAGGCCAUGGACACGGCCAGCAGGGCAGAGCAGUUGUACCAGAAGGUCAUGUCUCUGUGGCAUCAGCUGCAUGUCAACAUGAAGAGCGUUGUGUCAUGGCACUACCUGCUCAAAGACAUCAGGACGGUCGCUGGGUGGAACCUGGAUUCGGUGCGUUGUCAGUCCCCGUCGGAGCGGCAGCAGGUCCUGGAUCACCUGGAGUCCCAGAUGUCGGACUUUCUCUCUGACAGCAAAGAGAGUUCUCUGUUCGCGGCGGGGGAAAGACGCGACCUGGAGAGGGACGUUCAGGCGGCCCAGCAGCACUGCCAGGACCUGCUGCGUAACAUGGAGACAGUGGAGAAGGACGAGUCAGUUUCUCGCUCGUACCUGUCAGAGCUGCAGAACAUCACCCUCCGUCUGAAUGACGCUGAGCAGAGACUGAUGAGGGGGAUUCAGACUCCGCCUCCCAGCCGGCUGUCAGGUGGCAACGCUGACAACGCCGUCCAGAUUGCAGAGCAGGAGAAGCUGCAGUCAGAGCUGGACGCCCUGCGCUCCAGUUUGGGUGACGUCUCCCGCCGCUGCGUCAGUUUCUUCGAGGAGAAGCCGACGUCGUCGAGCGUUCCCGUCCUCAGAUCUGAACUCAAUCAGGCUGUGGAGAAGAUAGACAAACUGCACAACCUCUCAUCUGUCUACCUAGAAAAGUUAAAAACAGUCGACAUCCUGAUACGUAGCCUCGACGACGCGGAGAGUCAGGUCAGGAGGUACGAGAGCAGACUGAGUGAAGAAGACACCGUUCCUGCUGACUCAACAGCCAUUCAAAACCUCAAAGAUCAGCUCGGGAAUUGGCAAGCUGAGCUCACAGAGCAGGAGGGCGUCUUCAAGUCUCUGCAAGCCGAGGUUGGUCGCGCUAAAGAGGCGGGGUCUCAGCUCAGCAGGCUGCAUCCGGACCGCAGCCCCGAGCUGGAGAGAUACCAGGAGAGAGCCAAUCAGAUGGCAGAGAGGUGGAGCGGCAUCAAGAGACAGAUGGAGACACGACGAACUGAUCUAGAGGUGUUGGGCUCAGACCUGCAGCAGUACAGAGACGGUCAUUCUGCUCUCAUCAAGUGGAUCGAAGAAACGACAGAAAGACAAGAAAACACACAACCUGGACAGAUGGACAGCAAAGCACUGUCUGAACAACUGGCCCAGCAGACGGCGUUAGUAGUCGAGAUUGAACAGAACCAGACCAAACUAGAUGAGUGCCAGACUCACUCCAAGCAGUACUGUACCUCAGUGAAGGAUUAUGAACUUCAGCUAAUGACCUACAGAGCCUUUGUAGAAUCUACGCACAAGUCACCUGUCAAGAGGAGGAGAAUGCACUCCACCUCUGACGCCAUCACUCAGGAGUUCAUGGACUUGCGCACACGCUACACGGCCCUGGUUACCUUGACAACCCAGCAUGUAAAGUACAUCAGUGAUGCACUGAGACGACUGGAGGAAGAAGAGAAAGAGGUGGAGGAGGAGAAGCAGGCCAGGGUUGGUCAGGUUUCAGACCUGCUCGGCUGGGUCAAAGGCCUCCAGCGGCGCACUGGUGGCCCCAACGCUGAGUCUUCAAUUGCUGCUCAACAGGCCAUCAGUGAACAGCUAGCAGCCAAAAAAGAUGAAGUGGCUGAAGCCAUAAGGAGCACCCAAGUCUUCCUGCUUUCAAAACAGGCCAGCAAGUUGUCCCCAGAGGAGCGAGCUCACGUUGAGGCUCAGCAGGACGAGCUGACGGCCACCUACAACCAGCUGUGUGACAGCUCCACCCAGCAGCUGCAGCAGCUGGAGCAGCAACUGGCCAAAGAGGAGGAAAGAAAGGUGGUCCAACAGCAGAAGGCCGAGUGCUCUCAGAAACUAGAAGGCCUUACCAUGUGGUUGGCGGGAGCUGCCAGCUUAUUGGCCAGUCAGAAAGCUGGAGGAGAGUCAGGUGACGUGAACGCCCUGCAAGAGAAGCACAAGAAACUGAAGGAAGUACAGAAGGACCUCCAGACCCAAAAGGAGGGCAUCUCCGAGGCUAUCCGGUCUGUGGAGGAGCUGCUGGCAGAGCGAGGAGAAACUCUGAGCCCCGAGGAGAGGAAGAACCUCCAGGAGGCGCUAACGAGGAUGAAGGAGCAGUACAGCGCCCUCACAGAUUCAGCAAACACGUCACUGUCAGAGCUGGACACUGAAAUCAACACAACUCUACAGCAGAACACACAGAGGGCAAAAGCAGAGGAGGACCUCCAGGAGACCCAAGGCCAGAUCGACACUCUGCUGAAUCAGCUGUCCUCUCUUAACCAACCAGGGGGACGAGCAGUUCUAUCUGCCACGGCCAAAGAUUUUACUGACACAUCAUUGUCACAGCCUGAGGGCGCUGUGACGUCACACACUGAGAUGCUGCAGGGGGAGCUUCAACAGCUCCAGUCUCAGCAGGCACAGCUCCUCCAGAUCACGCAGUCGACCCGCGGCCUCCUGGAGCAGCCGGACUCCACCGUUCCUCCUGAGGAGAAGCAGCGUCUCCGGGCUGCCCUGGAUCAGCUGCAGGCUCAGCACCAGGACAGGCUGCAGAGCUGCCAGGACCGUCUGAGGAAGUCUGAGGCUCUGAAGGAUGAGCUGACGAAGUUCCUCCAGGAACAGGGCAGUCUCGGUACCUGGCUGGAACAAAGCGAGCAGGAGCUCCGGUCCCUGGGGGAAGGAGAAACUGAUGCACAAGGACUGAAGGGCAGGCUGGAGGAGCACAGAAAGCUUGCCGAGGACGUAAUUUGCCACAAAGCCGACCUGCGCUUCGUCUCAAUCUCCGGUCAGAAGGUUCUUGACUCUGUUCAGGGAGCUCUGGAGCAAGCCGGUGGUUCAGAUCAAGCUCUGGACGGCACCAAGCAGCUGGUUACCGACAAUCUGCACGAUGCAAACCACAGAUACACAACUCUUCACACCAAGUCAACAGAGCUGGGCGGCCGUUUGUCGGGCCUCUUGGAGAGAUACCAGCAGUACCAGGAUGAAGUCGUCUCACUCCACUCUUGGCUCAGCACUCAGGAGCAGAACCAAAGCAUAUCCAAGCCCAGUGGGGAGAAAGACCCCCAGAACCUGCAGAACACACUGCGACAAGUCCAGCUGCUGCAGGACGAGAUGGCUGAACGCUCGGUGCAGCUGGAGAAGGUGAAGAGAGCAGGAAGAGAUCUGGUCAGCACAGACGAGUCUCCUUCUCUCAAAGCUGUUGACAUCCUCUGUGCUGCAGACGGUUUAGAGAAAAGGUUUGGUACCCUCUCUACGUCUGUGUCUGAACGAGCCGAGCAGCUGCAGACAGCUGUGGCCCAGUCAGUCAGCGUCCAGGAGGGUCUGAAGGGUCUGCUGAGCUGGCUGGACAAACUGGUUCUAAAUCCGGGACCAGUAGCGCCCACAGCCCAGGCUGUACAAGACGCCCUGACUCAGAACCAGAAACUUCGUCAGGAGCUGCUCUCCAGGCAGGGCAGUGUGGAAGCAACACGGGACUCUAUUUCCAAACUCCUGCAGAGCUCGGACGCCCACGCGGCCUCCGGCCUUCGGGGCUCUUUAGAUGAACUGACCCAGCGCUACGCCGCAGCUCAGGCCAGCCAGGCCGAGAGGGAGGCCGAGCUCAAAGGUCUGUUGCCUCGACUGGAGAGCUUCGAGCGGCUGGGGACGGACCUCCAGGUGUUCUCCCAGAGCCGCCUGAAGGCUCUGAGCCCUGCUGGCCAACCAGACCGCAGCGUGGACGACUACAGACAGACUAUUGAGGAGGUUAAGUCCGAGCUGGAACAAGAAGCUGGUCAGCUGAAAUCCUUCUGCAACCUCGGCACCGAGCUCAGCCAAUCCAAAGCGUUCAGCAACACUCAAAGCUUAUUGGAUAAGGUCAGAGGGGUGUCUGAUGAGUUCACGCAGCUGGAAGCCAACGUCAACGAAAGGUUUGCUGCCAUCCAGGCCUGUGAGCAGCGGCUGCUCGGGUUCCGCAGCCUCUCUGGAUCCCUCCUCCGGUGGCUGCAGACCGCACAGGACCAGCUGCAGACCAAAGAGGCAACCCUCAACACGGAGGGUCUGCAGAGAAGAGUUCAGCAGCUCAAGGACUUGAUGAACGACUGGGAGUCCCAGGGAUCGAGGGUCCAGGAGCUGAACAAGACGGGCUCGGAGCUGGAGUCCCUUAUCAUCGACAUCACCGCUCCUCAGUCCAAAACAGGUGCUCCUCAAAUCAAUGGCUCAGCAGGUCCCAGCAGUGUCAAUGGCAUUCACACCUGCAAAGACCUGACAGAGCUCCAGGUAGCCGUGUCUGAUGUGAACGGUCGAUAUGAGACGCUGGGUGGAGAACUGAAGGAGCGUCUCGGUCGCCAGCAGGCCUCGCUGGAGCUGAGGCAGACGGCCAGGCAGGGCACUGAGGACCUGAAGAGCUGGCUGACAGACAGAGAGCACAGCCUGAAACAGGGACAGACCGCCUCCCCCUCCAGACCCGAGGUGGUACGCGCCCAGGCCCAGGAGAACAAGGCCUUGCUGUCAGAGCUGGCAGAGCACUCGGGGAAGGUAGAGGAGCUGAAGAGCACGCUGAGGAGGCUGAUCGCUGACAAUCCUGACUCUCCUGAGGCAGACUCGUGGAGGCAGCAGCUGCAGGAGAUAGACUCCCGCUGGCAGACGGCCAAUCAGACAGCAGCCCAGAGGCAGACUGAGCUCGAGACGUGUGCCGAUAGGCUGGGCAGCUUCGCCUCAGCGGCCAGCCAGCUCGGCCCCUGGCUGAGGGAGAAGGAGCUGAUGAUGAGCGUCCUGGGGCCGCUGAGCAUCGAUCCCAACAUGCUCAACACACAGAAACAACAAGUACAGUUCAUGCUGCGUGAGUUUGAGACCAGACACCCACAGUUUGACCAGCUGACCCAGUCUGCUGAGGGAAUCCUCUCCCAGACUGGAGACUCCGCUCAGGACCCCAAGGACUUGGCGGAGGUGCGGGCUGAGCUGGGCUCCGUCACGCAGCAGUGGGAGGAUCUAACGAGCCGACUGAAUCAGAGGUCAAACCACAUCGACCAGGCUCAGGGCACCAGCGAACGAUACCAGACGUUACUCCGAGAGCUCUCCACCAGCGUUUCUGCUCUGGGUGAGAGGUUGGAUUCUCAGGCCUCGCUGAGCGCGCAGCCCGAGGCGCUGAAACUUCGCCUGCAGGAGACUGGAGAGAUCCGCUCAGAGCUGGAGAGACGGCGCACUGAGCUGGGUGAGGCCGAGAGGCUCUGCCAGGAGCUGAGCGCCAUCGUGGCCGAACCGUACCUGAAGGAAGAGCUGAGCAAACGACUGGAGAGCGUCAGCGGGCCGCUGAAGAGCUUAGAGGAGCGAGCAGCCGACGGUCUCUCCCAGCUUCAGACCGCACUCUCGUCCACUCAACAGUUCCAGCAGAUGUUCGCAGAGUUGCGUUCCUGGCUCGACAAGCAGGCCGAUUCCAGAGAAUCAUCCAUCGACUCUUUGCCCUGUCAGCCCGCAGCCAUCCGCUCCCUGCUGGCUCAGACCGACGAGCUCCAGCGCGGGAUCGCCAGUCAGCGAGGCUCCUACGAGCUGCUUCAAGCCGAGGGAGUGUCCCUGCUCGCCACUUUGCCCGCAGGUGGAGAGGAGCGCUCUGCGCUGCAGUCCCGCCUGGCAUCUCUGAGGCAGGACUGGGAGCGGCUGAACCAGAGAAUCUCAGAUCAAGAGAGCAGACUGAAGAGCACUCUGAGCAAAGCAGACACCUACCAGCAGCACAAGGCCGAGCUGACCCCGUGGUUAGCAGAGUGUGAACAGAAAGAUGGAGACAUUCAGCCGUCACUGGAGGCGUCGGCUCUGGAUGAAGCUUUGCAGAGGGCUCGAGGUCUGUCUCUGGACCUGGAGAGACGACAACCUCUCCUGGAGGCCUUCAAUACUGCAGCGGAUCAGCUGCUGGAACAGUGCUGCAUCGGAGACGAGGAGGUUCGAGAUGAGAAGGCACAGCUGAACCGCAGGGUGGACAGACUGGGCGAGAAGCUCCAUAACCGCACCUCCCAGCUGGAGGAGCUGGCCGGCCGCCUGAAGGAGUUUGAAGAAGGCCGACAGGCUGUAGAGAGGAGGCUGGAGGCGGCAAAGCACCAGAUUGAAGUCCAGGAGGCUUUGGGACCACAGGCCUGCAGUGCUAAGAGCCUGGAGCGACUGAGAAGUCAGCAGGAGAGUCUCAGGUCCUUGAAGCCUCAGGUGGUCUAUCUCAGAGACCUGGCCCAGGGGCUGGUACAGGACUCACCUCAGACACCGGGAGGCAGCACUGAGGGGGCGCCGAGGCUUCAGGAUCAGGCCAAACACACAGAGAAGGACUACGAUGACGUCACUGACAAGAUUGAGCAGUGCUGCUCCUCGUUGGAAUCCCGGCUGCAGGGUGUGGGCGAGGUCCAGUCUCACGUACGAGACGUCUUCUCGCGCCUCGCCGACCUCGACGACGAGCUGGACUCCCUCAGCCCGGUGGGACGUGACGCAGACUCCCUGGCCUCUCAGACCGACGCCCUGAAGGGCUUCUUGUCCCGUCUGGCCAACCUCAGGUCGGAGCUGGAGGGUCACGGGUCGGAGUGCACCACCAUGCUGCGGCGAGAGGGCUCGUCCCCUGACCUCCUGGCUCUCAGGCGGGAGACGGAGGCUCUGAGCCGCCAGGCCGGCAAGCUGAGCGAGCGUGGUCAGGCCCGCUUGGAUCAGAUCGAGGACGCCGCCGAGAAAGUGCGGGAGUUCUACAGGCAGGUGGCCGAGCUGCAAAGCCUGCUGGGAAGGGCCGAGGAGGGGCUGAACACGCAGGGCCUCGUGGGCACAGAGGUGGAGAUGAUCAAACAGCAGCUGCAGGAGUUCAAGGCCGUGGAGAGAGAGCAGGUGGACAGCAUUCAGCCCAAGCUGCAGCACGUCAACGCAGUGGGUCAGGGUCUGAUCCAGAGCGCCGCCAAGCACACCGACACCCAGGCGCUCGAGCACGACCUGGAGACCACCAACCUGCGAUGGAACUCCCUCAACAAGCGGGUGGCAGAGAGAAUCGCCCAGCUUCAGGAGGCCCUGUUGCAUUGUGGGAAAUUCCAGGAUGCUCUGGAGCCCCUGCUCAGCUGGCUGAGCGACACAGAGGAGCUGGUGGCCAAUCAGAAGCCUCCGUCCGCCGAGUACCGCGUGGUCAAGGCCCAGAUCCAAGAACAAAAGCUGCUCCAGAGGUUGUUAGAUGACCGCAGGCCCACAGUGGAGAUGAUCCGUGCUGAGGGAGCGAGGAUCGCAGCCACAGCGGACACUCAGGACCGGGAGAAGAUUCAGACCCAGCUCCAGUGUCUCGGCGAGAGAUGGACCGACCUGCUGGACAAGGCUGGUGCCAGGCAGAGGCAGUUGGAAGAGCUGCAGGUUUUGGCUCUUCAGUUCCAUGAAGCUCUGGAGCCGCUCGGAGAGUGGCUGAGUGCCACCGAGAGACGCCUGAGCUCUGCAGAGCCAAUGGGAACGCAGACGGCCAAGAUCACCCAACAGAUCACCAAGCACAAGGCAUUCCAAGACGACGUGUCUUCUCAUGAAGCUGAGGUUGACCACCUCGAGUCCCUCAGCCAAUCGCUGACCCCCCUCAGCUGCAGGGCUGAUCGUGAUUGGUUAGGCGAGCGGGUGGGGGCGGUGAGGUCGGGUCACUCUGAGCUCGCCGAUUGGUGCAGCAGGCGGGCGGGCCUGCUGGAGCAGGCGCUGGCUAACGCUCAGCUGUUUGGGGAGGACGAGGUAGAGGUGCUGAACUGGCUGGCAGAGGUGGCUCAGAGGCUGAGUCAGGUCUCCGUCCACACCUACCAGCCUCAGCUGCUGGCCGAGCAGCACAAACACACUCUGUCUCUGAAUGAAGAGAUCGUUAGCAGGAAGAAGACGGUGGACCAGGCCAUCAAGAACGGACAAGCUUUACUCAAACAGACCACAGGUGAGGAAGUCCUCCUGAUUCAGGAGAAGCUGGACGGCAUCAAGUCUCGCUACGCCGAGAUGACGGCCGGCAGCAGCAAGGCCCUCCGCACGCUGGAGCAGGCCCUGCAGCUGGCCACGCGAUUCGCCAGCGCCCACGACGACAUCAACCAGUGGCUAGAUGGGGUGGAGGCGGAGCUUAACAACACGGAGCCUGACGCCACACCCGCCUACCAGGAGAGACAGAAGGAGCUGAAGAAAGUGUCGGCUGAGAAGCGUCUGGUGUUGGAUACGGUGAACGAGGUGGGCAGCGCCCUGCUGGAUCUGGUGCCGUGGCGAGCUCGGGAGGGUCUGGACCGCCUGGUCGCUGAUGCCAACCAACGGUACCGCCAAGCUGAUGAAACCAUCACUCAGCGGGUGCAGCUGGUACAAGCCGCCAUCCAGAGGUCACAACAGUACGAGGAGGCGGUGGAUGCCGAGCUGGCCUGGGUCGGGGAGACGGAGCGUAAACUGGCGUCUCUGGGGCCCCUGAGUCUGGAACCAGACGUGACAGUGGCUCAGCUACAGGUCCAGAGGGCGUUCAACAUCGACAUCAUCCGACACAAAGACACCGUGGAUCAGCUCCUCGGCACCAAAGACGACAUCCUGGAAACCUGCAGUGACGCCCAGAAGGACGCGCUGAUAGUAAAGACCGACUCUCUCAGUGCUCGUUAUGAUGCAGUGAGCCAGAGUCACAGCGAGCGGUUCUCAGCGCUGGAGCAGGCCCAGGUUUUGGUCGCUCGGUUCUGGGAGACCUACGAAGAACUGGACCCGUGGUUGGGCGAGACUGAAACCCUCAUCACCCAGCUGCCACCGCCAGCCAUCGACACCGACGCUCUCCGACUGCAACAGGACCAGAUGAGGCUGCUGCGGGAGUCCAUCGCAGAGCACAAGCCCCACAUCGACAAGCUGCUGAAGAUCGGACCGCAGCUGGCCGAGCUCAGCUUCCAGGAGGGGGCCACAUUGACGCAGCGCUACACCGAGGCCGAGAGACGCUACCUGGCCAUCAAGGAGGGAGUGAAGGGUCGAGCGGGGACAUUAGACGAGGCCGUGUCUCAGUCUUCACAGUUUCACGACAAGAUGGACCCCCUGUUGGAGACCUUGGAGGGGGCGGUGCAGCGGCUGCGGCAGCCUCCCUCCGUGGCGGCGGAGGUGGAGAAGAUCCGGGAGCAGCUGGCAGAGCACCGAGCCCAGGGGCUGGAGCUGGACAAGCUGCUGCCAAGCUUCUCGGCCCUGUGUGCCCGCGGAGAGGAGCUCAUCGGACGAGCUGCUCACGACGAUCCUGCUGCUCAGGCGGUUCGCUCCCGCCUCCUGCGCCUGCGUUCUCUGUGGGAUGAGAUCCGGCAGCGGGCCGAGGAGAGGGAGGGGAAGCUGAACGACGUCUUGGACCUGUCCGGGAAGUUCUGGGCCGACGUGGCGGCGCUGCUAAGCACGCUCAGAGACUCGCAAGAUAUCGUGAAAGAGCUGGAAGACCCCGGCGUGGACCCCUCUCUCAUCAAACAACAGAUUGAGGCUGCUGAGGCCAUUAAAGCAGAGACGGACGGCCUGAGGGAGGAGCUGGAGUUUGUCAGGACCCUCGGAGCUGACCUCAUCUUCGCCUGUGGAGAAACGGAGAAACCCGAAGUCAAGAAGACCAUUGACGAGAUGAAUGCUGCCUGGGAGGGCCUGAACCGAACAUGGAGAGAGAGGAUGGAGAGGCUGGAGGAGGCCAUGACGGCGUCUGUGCAGUAUCAGGACGCGCUGCAGUCGAUGUUCGACUACCUGGACAACGCAGUGAUCAAGCUGUGCGAAAUGUCUACUGUGGGAACCGAUCUGGGAACUGUCAAACAGCAGAUCGAAGAACUCAAGCAGUACAAGGUGGAGGUGUACCAGCAGCAGAUCGACAUGGAGAAGCUCUGCCACCAGGGGGAGCUGCUGCUGAAGAAGGUGUCAGACCAGACAGACCGGGACAUGAUCCAGGAGCCGCUGACCGAACUCCGACACCUCUGGGAAAACCUAGGGGAUAAAAUCACCCAGAGACAGCACAAGCUGGAGGCUGCCCUGCUGGCCCUGGGUCAGUUCCAGCACGCCCUGUCUGAGCUGCAGGCCUGGCUGAACCACACACACACCACUCUGGACACACAGCGACCAGUCAGCUCUGACCCCAAGGCCAUCGAGAUCGAGCUGGCCAAACACCACGUUUUGCGUAAUGACGUGCUAUCUCAUCACACCACUGUGGAGGCGGUGAACGGCGCCGGAGCCGAGCUGCUGGAGUCCUCUCCUGGAGACGAGGCGAGCCACCUGAGGGACCAACUGGAUCACCUGAACCAGGGCUGGGAGAGUCUGCUGCUACAGACCAAGGAGCGCCAGAAACUACUGGAAGCCGCCCUGCAUCAGGCUGAAGGUUUCCAUGGUGAGCUGGAGGAGUUCCUGCAGUGGCUGAGGAGAACGGAGAGCCAGCUGUCUGCCGCCAAGCCAACAGGCGGCCUCCCUGAAACGGCCCGAGAGCAGCUACAGCAGCACCUGGAGCUUCAGGCUCAGCUGACUCAGCGAGGGGAGCAGUACCACCGCCUGCUGGAUCAGGGAGAGUCCAUGCUGCUGGCUCGUGGAGGAGAGGAAGCGGGACCUGGAACCACCCAGACCCAGCAGAACCUGGCCAUGCUGCAGAACAAGUGGGCGAGUCUCAACACCAAGAUGGACGACCGCAGGGCAAAGUUGGAUGAGGCCGUUACCUUGGCAACAGGUUUCCAGACCUCUCUGCAGGACACCAUCAACUGGCUGACCCAGGCUGAACAGACCCUGAACAUGGCCCAGCCCCCAAGCCUCAUGCUGGACACGGUCCUCUUCCAGAUCGAUGAGCACAAGGUCUUUGUGAAUGAGGUGAACACCCACAGAGAGCAGGUCCUGGCUCUGGAGAAAGCCGGCUCUCAGCUUCGAUUUGCCAGCCUGAAGCAGGACGUCGUUCUUAUCAAAAACCUGCUGCUCAGCGUCCAGGCCCGCUGGGACAAGCUGGUCCAGAGGUCACUGGACCGCGGCCGACACCUCGAUGAGGCUCGCAAACGCGCCAAACAGUUCCACGAGGCCUGGAGGAAGCUGACAGACUGGCUCGAAGAAGCCGAGAAAAGGUUGGACUCAGAGCUGGAGAUCUCCAACGAGCCAGACAAGAUCAAAGUGCAGCUGGCCAAACACAAGGAGUUCCAGAAAGCGUUAGGGUCGAAGCAGCCCGUUUACGACACCACCGUGAGGUCAGGGAGAGCCAUGAGGGACAAAGCUCAGCUCCCAGCAGACACCCAGAAACUGGACCACCUCGUGGGAGAAGUCCGCGACAAGUGGGACACCGUCUGUGGGAAGAGUGUCGAGAGACAACACAAGCUGGAGGAGGCUCUACUGUUCUCAGGCCAGUUUGCAGAGGCUCUCCAGGCUCUGGUGGACUGGUUAUACCGGGUGGAGCCCCAGCUGGCUGAAGACCAGCCGGUCCAUGGAGAUCUGGACCUGGUGUCAAACCUCAUGGACUCACAUAAGGCUUUCCAAAAAGAGCUGGGGAAGAGAACCGGCAGCGUCCAGGCUCUGAAGCGCUCGGCUCGGGACCUCAUGGAUACCGGCCGCGAUGACACAGCCUGGGUCAAAGUUCAACUUCAGGAGCUUAGCAACCGCUGGGAUACAGUGUGCGCCCUGUCAGUCACAAAGCAAACCCGCCUCCAGCAGGCCCUCAAGCAGGCGGAGGAGUUCCGUACGUCCGUGCAGGUCAUCCUGGAGUGGCUCUCUGAGGCGGAGCAGACGCUUCGAUUCAGGGGCGUCCUUCCCGAAGAGGCCGAGACUCUGCAGGCGCUGCUGCACACGCAUCGAGACUUCAUGGGCACCGUGGAGGAGAAGAGGACAGACGUCAACAAGGCUGCCGGCAUGGGCGAGGGCAUCCUGACUCUUUGUCACCCUGACUCCAUCACCACCAUCAAACACUGGAUCACCAUCAUCAGAGCACGCUUCGAGGAGGUGUUGACGUGGGCCAAACAGCACGAGCAGCGUCUGGAGACAGCUCUGACUGAGGUGCUUAACAACGCCAACCUACUGGAGGAGCUGUUGUCAUGGCUACAGUGGGCUGAGACCACGUUGGUGCAGCAAGACACUGAGCCGCUUCCUCAGGACAUCCCACAACUCAAAACCCUCAUCACAGAACACCAGACAUUUAUGGAGGAGAUGACGAGGAAGCAGCCAGAUGUUGACAAAGUGACCAAGACCUACAAGAGAAAACCAGCCGAGGCUUCGAGCAGCCUGGCCGAGAGGAGAGGAGCUCGUAAAAACCAGCAGCAGCAGCAGCAGCAGCAGGCAGCCAUGCAGGUCGCUGGAGGAAACCCUCGGCUCAACCAGCUCUGUGCGCGCUGGCAGCAGGUUUGGCUGCUGGCUCUGGACCGCCAGCGCAAACUCAACGACGGGCUGGACAGACUGGAGGAGCUCAAAGAGUUUGCCAACUUCGACUUUGAUGUGUGGAGGAAAAAGUACAUGCGCUGGAUGAACCACAAAAAGUCUCGCGUCAUGGACUUCUUCAGACGCAUCGACAAAGACCAGGAUGGAAAAAUCACCCGGCAGGAGUUCAUCGACGGCAUCCUGGCAUCAAAGUUCCCCACCAGUAAGCUGGAGAUGACAGCGGUGGCAGACAUCUUUGACAGAGACGGAGACGGUUACAUCGACUACUACGAGUUUGUCGCGGCGCUGCACCCCAACAAGGACGCCUACAGACCCACAACUGACGCUGAUAAGAUAGAAGAUGAGGUGACGCGGCAGGUGGCCCAGUGUAAAUGUGCUAAGAGGUUCCAGGUGGAGCAGAUUGGAGAGAACAAAUACCGGUUCUUCCUCGGAAACCAGUUCGGUGACUCCCAGCAGCUGCGUCUGGUGAGGAUUCUGCGCAGCACGGUGAUGGUGAGAGUCGGAGGUGGUUGGAUGGCUCUGGACGAGUUUCUGGUGAAAAACGAUCCCUGCAGAGUGCAACAUCCAGGACUUAAGAUUCUCCGCUCCGAUUCCAGUAGCUCCAUCUCAUCUCGUAUAGUGACAGUCACUCCUGGCUAUUUCUGCUGCCGAGCUCGCGGUCGAACCAACCUGGAGCUGAGGGAGAAGUUCAUCCUUCCUGAAGGAGCGUCUCAGGGUCUGGCUGCGUUCCGCUCUCGAGGUCGGCGCUCUAAGCCGGGCUCCCGCAACGCCUCGCCCACCCGCUCCUCCUCCUCGGCCUCCCACAGCGGCGCCUCCCUCCCCUCUGCUCCCUCUGCCCCUGCCACACCCACAGCCUCCGCAUCAUCCAGGUCCUCCCAUACUCACUCCCGCGACUAUGCCAAGCCCUGGCUGGCUCACAGUAAAACUCCAACGCCAACCAAGUGCCACUGCUGCCCAGAUCUCGGUCAUGGCCACACCACUCCUGGGCACGAGGGGGCGACGUCAGGGUCCAAACUCAAGAGGCCGACGUUCCACUCGAGUCGAGGGUCGCUGACCGGAGAAAACGGAGGAACGGCCCACACCUGCAAACCAACGAGAACAGAUCCAAAGCGAGGGGGGUCCACAGCCAGCGGGCCGACCAGUCGAGCCGGCAGCCGGGCCGGCAGCAGAGCCAGCAGCCGGCGUGGUAGCGAUGCUUCAGACGCAUCUGAGCUACAGGACGCCCGCUCUGUCUGCUCCGACGCUUCGGACACACCACGACGGCCCGGUGGCGGGGCCAAACCCUCCAAGAUACCCACCAUCUCCAAAAAAGCCCCAAGCCCAAAAACCCCGGGGCCUGGGAAGAAAUAAGAGCAGCCACAGAGAAGCCGGAGUCCGACCAUUACCACUCCUUUUCAGAGAGAGUGGUCCCCUCUGCCGCAGCAGCUCUUCAAAGUGAAGUCCAUCCAACGGGGCUCGUGUAGAAACGUGCACUAUGACUGACAUUUCCCAGCGGAAAGAAGGAGACGGAUAUGAAGAGUGAAUCCCCUUCUCAGUCUUUCCCUGGACUCAUUAACGGACUGAAAACAUGCACAACAGGAGUAACUUUCUGGUCUGUUAGUUCAGGCCAGAGGGGUCACAUACCGACUCUUCCCCUUUAAGAAGUGACCCCAGUUUGCCUUUCAGUCUCCUGCUUUGUCUUUGAAAGUUCCCCACCAGCGUGGAACCAUCAACACCGACUGACUUGACGUGAUGCUGCCUUACUUUGUGUUACUCUCUCCUGUCCUGAUCACACAGAGCAACAUAGAAAGUCUUGAAACUGCUUUUUACCACACUGACACACAAAUACACACUCGAACACAGAGGCGGGGUAGGGAGUGGGACACACCACCGCCGCCGCCGCCACCACCACCACGGCUACAAAAACACAAAAACGCUCCGAUGACUUUCAGGAAAAAAAAAAAAAAAAAGAAGAAAAGAGAGAAUUUUUUGGCUUGUGGGCGAGAUGCCUCAAGGAUGAGUUUAAAAAGAAAAUAUGCAACGACUGCCAUGUCGCUUCCUCUGGACUGGUUGGCGAGAAAAGAGAAAAAGUGUCACCUCAGCAGAUCUCAAGGAGCAGAAACCACAAUUGGAGAUCUUAAGAGGCGGGAAAAAAACGCUGUGCAACUUACACACACACACACACACACACGCACGCACGCGCGCACACACACACACACCGGCUAACCUCAGACUCAGAGGAUCGCUGGUGGUGGUGACGGUGCUGCUGCAGCUGAGGGCAAACACUCACACACUCACACACCGCAGAGCAGACUCCUCCCGACCGCUGGAAGGUUAAGAUCGGCCUCCUGUGUGCAUUUCAGUGAAAGGCGGUGUGGUAUGUCACAUGUUACAAUCCAAAACUCAACAGAUCACAAACCCGCAAUAGAAAGGACUAUUUUUACCCAUAACUAACAACACAUUACUGACAAUAUACGACAUGUGUAACCUAACCCGAUGUUCGACAACCAGCAUGCACUAAUUGUCUCUUCCUCUGCAGUUCCACCUUAGUGUCUACACUGUGUUGCCCCCAGCAGCACACACACACACACACACACACCCUUACACACAGGGUGGUGUGUAUUAUGUGUGUCAAUGUUACAGGAAACGAAAGAGGUCAAUGACUUGAGUCACUGUAUGCAAACAUUUUAAUUUGCGAAUGUCAUUUUGUUUUUCUUCUCGUUGUUUUCUGGUUAAUUUAUAAUCCAGUUGUACUUUUGUUAACUAGCUUGAAAGGAAAAUCUAUUUAUUUUUCAGGUUCAUGUCAUAUCACCGUCUGAGGAGAGUGAUGUAGUGUUGAGGUUAAAGACAUUGUGACUCUUUUUGUACUGAGGAAAAGUGCGCUCCGCUCUCUGACUUUCUUUGUGAGUAAAGUGUGUUUCUACUUCAUGUAACAUUAUUCACUAGAUCGCUGAUUCUAGCGACAGCCUUGUUUCUUCAUUUCUCUCUUUUUUGCUAAUGACUACAAUUCCCAAAACAUGACCAAAGGGGUUUGCCCUUCAUCUGUAGAAAGAACUACAAAUAUGAAUGACAGGACACCGGAGUGGAGUGGACCAAUGAGAGCGGGUUUCCUCCCUCAUGUCCCUCCCAAGUGUCUCUUCUAGACUUUUUUUUUUUUUUUUUUUUUUCAAAUGUCCUGUCGUCGAUGGGGCCGAGUCGUCUGUGUGUUAUCUCAGCGUAAGAGAUGAAGUCUAUGGAGAAACUAAUGAAAUUACAGUGAGAAAGAAAGACAUCUUACGGUGAUUUUUAUUUAUUUAUUGUCUCUCUGAGGGGAGGGGGAUUCUGGGCGCAGGAGACGAGUCCUCCACCUUUUGAUGCUGUGCUACUCUCAGUGUGAUAUGACAACAUGGAGGGAGCGAGGGGUGUUACUAGGAGUCAAUUGUGUAAAACAAAAAACUAAAAUUAUAAACAAUUUUUUGUUCUGUUUUUGUAUUAAAAAUAUGCUUGCAGUAAAA